CUUCACACGGCCCCUAGUUUCCAUUUCCUCUCACACUUUAUAUACUACCCUGCCCUCGCCCCUCCAAUUCCAUCACACCAAGGCAGAGAGACAAACAGAGACAGCACUGUCAAAGAAUAAGAGCAAAUAGAGUAAAAACUCAGGAGGAUGGUGGGGCAGUUGACGGUGACUAAACCAAGCCGCAGCGAUGAGUUGUUAGAUACUGAUCAACAACUCAAAAUCACCGAUGAAAUCAGAGCUCAUUUCGAGUCCUUGGUCCCCAAGCGUCCCCUCAAACCCAACAGAAGCGAGUCUGACUCUUCAACCCUAACCCGGGUGGACUGCACACCCAUAGACGAAAAUAUUCCUGAGCUUGACAAGUUCCGAGCGCUUCAAUCUCGAUCUCAGAUUACACUUUCGGCCGAUGGAGCUCCUGAGGUGCAAGAUGAAUAUGUGGAGACCCAGUACUACAGGGAGUUGCACUCCAUCGACAAACAGCAUCACACGACAGGAAGCGGGUUUAUAAGGGUGGUGGGAGCAGAAGGUGAAGGUGGACACGAGGUACUUAAGUUGCAGAACGGCCAAGAUGGCGCAGGUGGGGUGUCGUGCAUUGAAUUCAGAAGCAAUCCUGCAACAAACGAUUGGGUUCCAAAGAUCAACCAAGAUCAGGUCUUUGUCUCCUCAAAACCAAAUCGGAGCGAGGGCUCUUAGAUGUGUCGGUAGGAGGGAGCUUUCGAGAAAGGGACUUAGCACCAACUUUCUCUGUAAACUUUUUUAUUCGAUUGAGAUUAGAUGAGCAUCAUGAAAGUUUUAAAAAAUUCACGUAAUGGGUUUUCAACUAUUCAAGCGAUGACUUCUCCAUUGUUCUUAUCCGAUUCCACCUGUACCACCAAGAAAUAGAAUAGUUUUAUUCACCAUUAAUAAGUAUCCUUGACCUUUAUCCGUUAA